CGGACGGCGCGGCGGACCGUUUGCCCCGCUUGCCGUCCGGUGGGCGCCGCGGCGCUUCUGGAAGGAUCCCGGGAGCAGGGCCCGGCCGGGCAGAGGCGAGAUGUCGGGGCUGCUUCACACCACGCUGAGCGGGCUCAACAGCGACUCCUACUGCGAGAUCAGCCAGUACCGCGACCAGCACUUCCGGGGUAGCAGGCAGCUGCAGGAGAAAUCCCUGAAAAUUUCCUCUACGCUGUAUGUUGGCAACUUGUCCUUCUACACCACCGAGGAGCAGAUCCAGGAGCUCUUCUCCAAAUGCGGAGACGUCAAGAGGAUUGUCAUGGGGUUGGACAAGAUCAAGAAGACCCCCUGUGGCUUUUGCUUUGUCGAAUACUACACAAGAGCAGACGCUGAACACGCAAUGCGAUUUAUCAAUGGUACACGACUAGAUGACCGCAUCAUUCGAACUGACUGGGAUGCAGGGUUUAAGGAGGGGCGACAGUAUGGAAGAGGAAAGACUGGAGGACAGGUGCGAGAUGAGUACCGGACAGACUACGAUGUGGGAAGAGGUGGCUUUGGCAAGAUCAUUCAGAUGCAGAAGGCAAAUCAUCAGCCUGCAAUCUAUUAAUUGCCUCAUGCGUCCUAGCUCAUAGAGGGCUCUGUCCUUCCAGAGCUAGCCCUGUUCUCGCAUUUUGGAUUGGGGUAGGGAGUGAGAUCCAAGUUCCAGCAAAAGGUGACCCUCCUUAGACUGUGGAUAUACAUGUAUUCAUUCCCCCUUCCUUCUGGGCUAGAGAGGAUGUUCUGUGCUGAUACAGGGCAACAAGGGAAAAAAAUGGACAGCUCUGCAGGAUUCUGGGUAAGAAGAAAUGCAGUAUGUCACACACACCUUGUGCUAUGACAUACUCUUUAUGUUGCAGCUAAGCAGGUGGCUUCCUCCAAGCUGCGACUGCAGCCACGGUUGCUCUCAAAUGGAACUUCUUAAAAGCUUACCAUCGUCGGAGCCCUCCAGGUGCCUGGGCAUCUUGUGGGGAUGCACAAGAGAUUCAGGUUUCCAAUUUACAACCUCAUCUGCUUACAAAGCAGUACCACUGUUUGGAUGAGAGAAGUGGAACAAGGUCUUACAGUCCACUUGGAGGUGCUUGUCUGCACAUCUAGCCCUUGGGUUGGUCGGGGCCUGCAGAGCAUUUCUUUUUAUGAUGCCCCCAGUGCUGCCUGGCUUUUCAGAUCCUCACUGUUCGACGUGAUUUUGUUAAAAUUUCUUUUAAUUUUUUAAAUAAACAGUUGUAUUGGGUCUG